AUGACUGACUCUUUCUCGGCUGUAAAGAACUCACUGAUGACUGACUCCUUCUCGGCUGUAAAAUAACUCACUGGAGUGUCAAAGUCACUCCUCCAUCAUCUUCCUGCGUUUAGAAGUACAUCUUUCUUGUUUAGCAGGAGCGGCUGGUCUUCUUGGAAGGAUGCACUGUCUUCAACAGCGGGGGUCUUCCCCAAUGCCACUGUGUCAGCAACAUGGCCGCUUCUUCUGGGAGAAGUGGAAGAAGGCCCACUCCCACAGUGUAGUUCUCCCUGCUACUGUUCGACCUGCCCUUGCAGUACCAAAGCACAUUGUGCGCCCAGAUUACGUCAGCACAGGACUGGUCCCAGAGUGGCCGGACUACAUAGAAAUCCACAGUCCAGAGCAGAUCCAAGGGCUGGCCAGAGCCUGCCAGCUAGCCCGACAUGUGCUGCUCGUAGCCGGAGACAGUCUGAAAGUUGGUAUGACAACAGAUGAAGUAGACUUCAUUGUACACCAGGAGACUAUCCGCCAUAACGCCUACCCCUCCCCUCUUAGAUACGGGGGUUUCCCAAAAUCUGUUUGUACGUCUGUGAACAACGUGGUGUGUCAUGGCAUACCUGACAGCCGGCCACUUGCAGACGGUGAUAUCAUCAACGUCGAUGUCACUGUCUAUUUGGAUGGUUACCAUGGUGACACAUCGGAAACCUUCUUGAUUGGCCAGGUGGAUGAGGUUGGGCGGCGACUGGUUGCCACGGCGAGGCGCUGCAGAGAUGAAGCUAUUGCAGUUUGCAAGCCGGGUGCACAGCUUUGUGUCAUUGGGAACACUAUUAGUGAAAUUGCUCAAGCAAAUGGAUUCCAGGUGUGUCCUUAUUUCAUUGGACAUGGCAUCGGCUCCCACUUCCAUUGCCACCCUGAGAUCUGGCACCACGCCAACGAUAACGACAUGACCAUGGAAGAAGGCAUGGCCUUCACCAUAGAACCCAUACUGAUGGAGGGCUCUCCUGAGUUUAGAAUCCUGCAAGAUAAGUGGACUGCAGUGUCCACAGACCAGAAAAGGUCGGCUCAGUUCGAACACACGCUGGUAGUUACGUCUGACGCCGUCCAAGUUCUCACCAAGUUGCCAGAGGAGGACAAGCUGUGACCUCAGGAGAUUUACUUGACUUGAAAAACAUCCAACAAACUUCAAUGUGUCUAUUUCACAUUUCAAUAUAUUUUCUCCCUCACAUUUGAAAAUCUGCCUUUUGAAAGAAGUUAACAAUUAACCGGACACGUCUCUCUUUUUCAAUCCAACCGCGCCUCAACUUUAUACUUUAUUUUUAUGUGUAGCAUGCAUCAAACUUAGAGGAUAAAAAAAGUGUUCCUAUUUUUUUUUUUAAUCGCUAUUGUAACGCAUUUAAGUUGGGGACAUUUAUAAAGUUAGCCUAUAAGGUUUGUCUAUUUGGGGUGAGGUGUAAAGUCAAGUAGACCUGGCAACAAUUGAGCCCCAAUAAUUAUCUUUCACUACAAGGUAACAAUGUGUACUGUUAGAAUCCUCUUGUGCUCCAGGUUUAGUUAUCUCUAGUACUGGGGAGCAUCUGUCCUCUUGUACUCCAGGUUUAGUGAUCUGUAGUACUGGGGAGAGUCUGUCCUCUUGUGCUCCAGGUUUAGUGAUCUGUAGUACUGGGGAGAGUCUGUCCUCUUGUGCUCCAGGUUUAGUGAUCUGUAGUACUGGGGAGCAUCUGUCCUCUUGUGCUCCAGGUUUAGUGAUCUGUAGUACUGGGGAGCAUCUGUCCUCUUGUGCUCCAGGUUUAGUGAUCUGUAGUACUGGGGAGCAUCUGUCCUCUUGUACUCCAGGUUUAGUGAUCUGUAAUACUGGGGAGCAUCUGUCCUCUUGUACUCCAGGUUUAGUGAUCUGUAAUACUGGGGAGCAUCUGUCCUCUUGUACUCCAGGUUUAGUGAUCCGUAGUACUGGGGAGCAUCUGUCCUCUUGUACUCCAGGUUUAGUGAUCUGUAGUACUGGGGAGCAUCUGUCCUCUUGUACUCCAGGUUUAGUGAUCUGUAGUACUGGGGAGCAUCUGUCCUCUUGUACUCCAGGUUUAGUGAUCUGUAAUACUGGGGAGCAUCUGUCCUCUUGUACUCCAGGUUUAGUGAUCUGUAGUACUGGGGAGCAUCUGUCCUCUUGUACUCCAGGUUUAGUGAUCUGUAGUACUGGGGAGCAUCUGUCCUCUUGUACUCCAGGUUUAGUGAUCUGUAAUACUGGGGAGCAUCUGUCCUCUUGUACUCCAGGUUUAGUGAUCCGUAGUACUGGGGAGCAUCUGUCCUCUUGUACUCCAGGUUUAGUGAUCUGUAGUACUGGGGAGCAUCUGUCCUCUUGUGCUCCAGGUUUAGUGAUCUGUAGUACUGGGGAGAGACUGUCCUCAGGGACGUUGCUGUUCUUGCCUCACUAUAUCUGUGGAAGUGUGUAGUGCUUCACUGUGACUACCGUGGGAGACCAGGAAUUACUGAUUUUUAAAAAAAUGUUUAUUGUUAAGGAUACAACAUUAUGCAGAGGUGUACUUUGAACAAUUGAGUAGACAAAUGAGGGGCUGGAAAUAUUUUCUUAAUAUUAUCUAAUUAAGAAGUACUAUUAAUCAAUGUCUGUUAGCCCAUUCAUUGAGUAAGCUUUCAUAAAACAAAAUGAUAUGAUGUACUCUGCUACCUCAACUUAAGAGAUAAGAGCUAUCUCGGGACUAAUUUUUGUGUUUCUGAGGGAGAAGCAUCCACACCGUUAGUUAGGCUAGUAAGCCAUUCUUACUUGCUAUCAUUAGCGUGUAGCUGGAGGUGAACAUAAGGAGAAGUAAAUGAUCUUGACUCGGCAUGUAGUCGACAUGGGGAGCAAUGCUCGUCUGCACCGCACUGAGGCAGCGAUGUUGAAAUAGUAUCAUUUAUCCAUGAAAAUAUGGAGAAGCUGUCAAUGGAGUGUUUAGUGGAAAAAUAGCUGGAAGGAGACACAGUAGGACUGCUGUCCAAUAUUAUUUUAUUACUUCAUAAAACUACUGUAAUUGCUUAUUGUUUUGUUUUUAUAGCAUAUUUAUCAUCUGAAACUAGUUCUUCUGAAAAGGCAUGUUACAUCUUGAAAUGGUGCUCAUUUAAAUAUCAAAUGAUCAGCUCCCUCAUCAAGAUCCUGAAUCGACAGUUAAGAAAAGUCAUCGACUUUACAUAUGCCCAAUUUUACAAAUUGACUUCCUUAAUUACCAAAGUUAUUGUUUUGUAAGUAAAACCAAAUAAAUAUGUUUUUCAGUUUA